GGUAUCACUCGCGCUAUCGAGGCAGGAAAGAGGUUAAAGCGCUUUGUAGGAACAGCAGAGCCGGUCCCUUUCGUUACUCCGCCUGCGAUGCCGAAAGUCCUAAAGCAAGAGUUUGUUGUCGGGAUGAAAGAGUAUGGCUUGGACCACAGGGUGCAAAGUAUGGGGUUGGAUGUGCUCAGUCAGGCCGCAAGUAUGCAAGAACGCCUGCCGGAAAUAAGAGAAGAGCACGAGGGUCCGGUCAAGGCUACAUGGACUUCAACUCAGUCUGGCCAACAAGCUUCUGGCUCCUCACCACCUCGCAUGACGUCUCAAGGCCCUGCAGCCAACUCAAUGUCAUCAAAUGGAUCUCAGCCUGUGCGCGCAGACAUCCACUCAGAUAAUAAGAAGGCUACCGGUCUGCCAACCUUGCCCGCAUCAUCCUCAGCUUUGUGGGAAGUCGAUUUCCCGGGAUAUACCCCCGCCCUACUCACCAUCCUCCUGACCUGGUCGCACGCAAUGCAGUCCUUCUACCGGCGCCUUCCGGACCCGAAGACCUUCCCCAUACAUGCCGCUUUUCCACGCCGCAUUACUCCACCAGCCUACAACCGCCUUAUCUCCGUCGGUUUCUACUACACUAGCUUCAUUCCACACAAGGACAUCCGGUUCCUGGGCCCAGGCGAUAUGGCUGAAAUUGGCUAUGCAGAGGUUGAUGUCUUCCGCAGCAAGGAGGAAGUUCGAAAAAGAACAUUGGGAGUAUACCGGGAUCAGAUACAUCUUGCGGAUAGUGGAGAAGGACGAUGGGCGUAUGUUCUUAUCAAAGAACAUGCGAUUCCAGAAGAGGAAACUCCGCCCCACGUCAUGCUCGCGUGGCACCUUUCCGCUGUUACUGACACAUCGACUUGUCUCCACACCGUCUUUCCCGACAACCAUGAACCUAUUCUCAGCAAACCACCUGCGACGCCUGCACCACCUGAGCAGCCGAUAAGACGCUUGGCCUCUCUACAGAACCUCAUCAGCCCGAGCCGUGGCCAGAAGCAUCUCCAUCGUGAGAUUCGCUCUGUCUCGAGCAGUGCAGGUUCAACGGAAGUAGAGGAAUCGAGCAUCCUGCCACAGGAGGGUGCGCAGACGCUGAAGAGAACGGUUGUGAAAUUGGAAAAGGCGGGAAGUAUACCACUUAUUAAGGGAUAUCGAGUUGAUCUGAAAGAGUUCAGGGGUUGGUUGGAUGCG